GUUCAGCAUCCCACACCGACCACACGAUCCACUUCGCUAUCCAACUAAAACAAAGUCUGAUAAUCUAGAUUCUGCAAAUCACGAUACGGUACAAUGUCGCUCCAGCACUUUGGCAAGGGUGCCCUCCGUGUCGCUAAAAAUUAUACCAAGGGUUACUCAGACACACAGGCAAAAGUCCGGGAUGCAACAUCUAAUGAUCCAUGGGGACCAUCUGGAACCCAGAUGAACGAGGUCGCUCAGCUGUCAUACAAUCAGAAUGACUUCGUCGAGAUCAUGGAAAUGCUCGAUAAAAGGUUGAAUGAUAAAGGCAAGAAUUGGCGACAUGUAUUCAAGUCCCUCACCGUGCUGGACUACCUCCUACACGCUGGUUCCGAAAAUGUCGUCCUAUAUUUCCGUGACAAUUUAUACAUCAUCAAAACGCUCAAAGAAUUCCAAUAUGUAGAUGAAGAUGGGAAAGAUUGUGGUGCUAAUGUCCGGCAGAAGGCCAAGGAUAUCUCCAACCUUCUCAGUGAUCCAGCACGUCUACAGGAGGAGCGCCGGACUCGGGCAAGCAUGCGCGAUCGAAUGAUCAGAGGGCAAAGCAAUGGUCCCGGAGAAGACGACGAAGAAGGUGGAAGGAGGAGCUUUGCACCUCCUCCUGGAACACCCCCACGAAAGAACAACCGUGGCGCUGAUCGCGAUGAAGACGAGCUCCGUAAGGCAAUUGAAGCAUCAAAAAAGACCCUUGCGGAGGAACAGGGUCGGAAGGCUGAAGAACGUGACCUUGCUACAGCAAUACGAUUAAGUGAGGAAGAGGAGGCGAAGAGACACAAGGCCGUCGAGGACUCGAAUGCUGAUGCAUUAUUUGAUGACCAAGCGCAAAUAUCCUCACCAAACGGUUCUAGCAGCAACAAUCCCUUCCCCUUUAUCGACCCCACCCCAUAUGCAGUAGGCUUGCAACCUCAAGCCCAGAUGCAACCACAGUACACUAUGCAGCCUCAAUACACGAUGCAGCCACAGUUUACAUCAUUUAACCCAUACCAGCAGCAAGCACAGCAGGAAGCAAUGCAGGCAGAGUAUUUGAGGCAACAACAAGAAUGGCUUCGUCAACAGCAAGAAGCCCAAGCUCAACAGUUGGCCCAGCAAGCAGCGCAAGAGGAGUGGCUCCGACAGCAACAACUCCAAGCUCAACAACAACAACAACAACAACAACAACAACAGCAGCAGCAGCAAUCCUUAUUUGCGCAGCCAACUGGAUUCGGUUCUAAUAAUCCCUUCGCUCCUGCUGCUGCUUCGCCCAUCUCAACAGCAUCCGGGACACCAGUCAACGGCAUCUCUGGACCAUCGUUCAAUCUCCAAGGAACGUACUCCAAUUCGACUGCACCUUCUUACAGCUCUUCACCUGCGCCCUCACAAGUAUCAGCAUCAACACCUUCCCCAGGCAUCAGCGCGUCCACGGGUACAGGGGCGGGUCGUGGUGGUUCUACUCGCGCCGAUCAAGAGCAUUCGCAUCUUGCCAAUCUGUUUGCGAACCGUGACGAUGGUCAAGAUACAUUCGGAAAUGUUGGCGCGCUGCGCUACGGGCAAACACAAGCGGGUCAACUGGCGGCACAGAAGACAGGAUUUGGGGCAAAAAACAACCCCUUCCAAUCGGUGCAGCAGCAGCACCAGGGUCAGAAUGCAGACCAGCCGUUUUUCUCUAUCUGAGAGGAGAUACGGGUGGAGGUUAUGUGAUGUUGAUUUAUCGCGAUGACUUGGAUUGUAAUUUCUUUUUUCUGUUUUCCCUGCGGGUCUCGGUUUUCUGCUGUUGCAUACACUACGACCUCUCUUCUUUACUUCAUGUGAAAUCGCCCGAUACCAAAUUUUACGCUUCUUGCCUUUCAACGGAAGUACUCUUCAAUUGGAUGUGUACAUAGCACACCAUUUGUUCAUUGUCUAAUUUGCAAUAUUGCCAGUUCUUCGAAAUACGCUAGGGAUCGAUUUCAAGACUACUGCAUCAGGGAGCCAGUGCCAUAGCACCGGGAAAAUUGAAGUUGUACC